AUGAUCGAGCUAGGAACCUACACCAAACCCCUAGCCUACCUAGGCCUCUUCACCCUAGGAAGAAUCGUCUUCUCCUUGACCCGCCAAGCAACAAACUUCCUGCUCCCCAGCACUCUCCUCAAACGCUACAAUCCCACCCAAACAAGCUGGGCCCUCGUCACCGGCGCAACAGACGGAAUAGGUUUCGGCUUCGCUCAGGAGCUCUGUGCGCGUGGGUUCAACGUGAUCAUACACGGCCGGAACAGCGAGAAACUCGAACGUCGUUGCCGCGAACUCAACGCGCUUUUCCCUGCAGUCUGUGUUGAUGUUCUUGUGCGCGAUGCACAGAAAAUAACCGCGGAUAUCGAUGACGUCGACGCGGAAGUGCGCGAUAUCAUUCGCAGUAAUGGGACCGUCGGUUCCGGUGAUGGCAAAUUGACUGUUCUUAUUAAUAAUGUCGGUGGCGAGACUAGACCUUCUACACUCCUGAAGGAGUAUACCUUUGAGGAUGUGCAGGCGACUAUUUCACGGAAUGCGACUUUCGCCUCUCAGAUUACCCGUGUUCUGGCCAAACAGUUGGAAGAGAAUGCGCCUGGUCUUGUGAUGAAUGUUUCUUCGAUUGCCGCGUUCGGAUUGCCGUAUAUCAUUACUUAUAGCUCUGCGAAGGGAUUUGUGGAUACGUUUACAAAGUCGCUGCGCGCGGAGUUUAAGGCUGAAGGGAAGGAUGUCGAGGUUAUGGGGCUGCGAGUUGCGGAAGUCAGUACUCCUGGAUAUGACGUUAAGACUAGCUUGUUGAUUCCCGAGGCGAGAGUGCUGGCUGCUGCUGGCUUGGAUCGGGUUGGUUGUGGGCAGGAUAUUGUAUGGGCUUAUUUCUGGCAUUGGUUGGCGGGAUUGUCGUUUGAGUAUCUACCGCGCUGGAUGUUGAUGAAGAUCACUGCGAUGAAGCUCAGGGCAAUUAGAGCAGAUAUAGAUGCCAAGGCGAAGAGCAGCUGA